UCGGGGCGCGGGUCACGGCGCAGGCGCGCUGGGGAGGGAGGGCUAUGCUAAUGUUGUUGAUAUCCUGGGGCCACCCGAGUUAAAGGGGGGAAAUCCGGGGCUGCCACUGCCGCCACUGGCCCGGGCCCAGCCGGGGGUCCCCCCCUGUAGUCGCCACAGUCCCGGGGAGAGGCGCCCGCCCCCUGCUCGGGGGGAGGGGGCGCCGCGGGCUCGGGGAGCACGGACGGCCCCUACCCAUGAGGCCCUGAUGGAAAACACAAAGGAUCUGAGUCGGAAGAGACACUAGAAGUCACCCAAAGCAGCCGCCCCUGUCCGGCUUCCGACAAGUGACAGAACAUUCUUCACAAUCCAAAAGAAAAAGAAGAUUCGUUCGGGAUGUUUGACGGCUAUGAUAGCUGCAGUGAGGACACAAGUAGCAGCUCCAGCUCCGAAGAGAGUGAAGAAGAAGUUGCUCCUUUACCUUCCAAUCUCCCAAUUAUCAAAAACAAUGGACAAGUCUACACAUACCCAGAUGGUAAAUCUGGCAUGGCUACCUGUGAGAUGUGUGGGAUGGUCGGUGUACGAGACGCUUUUUACUCUAAAACAAAACGUUUCUGCAGUGUUUCUUGUUCAAGAAGUUACUCGUCGAACUCUAAGAAGGCAAGCAUUUUGGCCAGACUUCAGGUAACGGGUAAGCCUCCAACAAAGAAAGCAAAAGUCCUUCAGAAACAACCUUUAGUUGCUAAAUUAGCUGCCUAUGCUCAGUAUCAAGCUACCUUGCAAAAUCAAGCAAAGACAAAAGCAGCAGUCUCCGUGGAAGGCUUCAGCUGGGGUAACUACAUCAACAGCAAUAGCUUCAUAGCAGCUCCAGUUGCUUGUUUUAAGCAUGCACCUAUGGGGACCUGCUGGGGUGAUAUCUCAGAAAAUGUAAGAAUAGAAGUUCCCAAUACAGACUGCAGUCUACCUACCAAAGUCUUCUGGAUUGCUGGAAUUAUAAAAUUAGCAGGUUAUAAUGCCCUUUUGAGAUAUGAAGGAUUUGAAAAUGAUUCUUCUCUGGACUUCUGGUGCAAUAUAUGUGGGUCUGAUAUUCAUCCAGUUGGUUGGUGUGCAGCCAGUGGAAAACCUCUCGUUCCUCCUAGAACUGUUCAGCACAAAUACACAAACUGGAAAGCUUUUCUAGUAAAGAGACUCACUGGUGCCAAAACGCUUCCUCCCGAUUUCUCACAAAAGGUUUCAGAGAGUAUGCAGUACCCUUUCAAGCCUUGCAUGAGAGUAGAAGUAGUCGACAAGAGGCAUUUAUGUCGAACAAGAGUAGCAGUGGUGGAAAGUGUAAUUGGAGGAAGAUUAAGGUUAGUGUAUGAAGAGAGUGAAGAUCGAACGGAUGACUUCUGGUGCCACAUGCACAGCCCCUUAAUCCACCAUAUCGGAUGGUCUCGAAGCAUAGGCCAUCGAUUCAAAAGAUCUGAUAUUACAAAGAAACAGGAUGGACAUUUUGAUACACCACCACAUUUAUUUGCUAAGGUAAAAGAAGUAGACCAGAGUGGAGAAUGGUUCAAAGAAGGAAUGAAAUUGGAGGCUAUAGACCCAUUAAAUCUUUCGACAAUAUGUGUUGCAACCAUUAGAAAGGUGCUGGCUGAUGGGUUCCUGAUGAUUGGGAUCGAUGGCUCAGAAGCAGCAGAUGGAUCUGACUGGUUCUGUUACCAUGCAACCUCUCCUUCUAUUUUCCCUGUGGGUUUCUGUGAAAUUAAUAUGAUAGAACUGACUCCACCCAGAGGUUACACAAAGCUUCCUUUUAAAUGGUUUGACUACCUCAGGGAAACCGGCUCCAUUGCAGCACCAGUAAAACUAUUUAAUAAGGACGUUCCAAAUCACGGAUUUCGUGUAGGAAUGAAAUUAGAAGCUGUAGAUCUCAUGGAGCCACGUUUAAUAUGUGUAGCUACAGUUACUCGAAUUAUUCAUCGUCUCUUGAGGAUACAUUUUGAUGGAUGGGAAGAAGAGUAUGAUCAGUGGGUAGACUGUGAGUCCCCUGACCUCUAUCCUGUAGGGUGGUGUCAGUUAACUGGAUAUCAACUACAGCCUCCAGCAUCACAGUCAUCAAGAGAAAGCCAGUCAGCUUCUUCAAAACAGAAGAAAAAGGCUAAGUCGCAGCAAUACAAAGGACAUAAGAAAAUGACCACAUCACAGCUGAAGGAGGAGCUGCUAGAUGGAGAGGAUUAUAGCUUCCUCCAAGGAGCAUCUGACCAAGAAAGCAAUGGCUCUGCCACCUUCUACAUCAAACAAGAGCCAUGAGGUGGCUCAGAAACUAGGAGUGGAAGGGACUGUUUUACAGGACAGAUUUGUCGUCAUCCAGCUGUACAGCAGGCUAUUGUACUGGGACAUUUUGCUAAAUACAGAAAAGUUCAGUUCCAGAUUUUUCAGGUGGGGGGGAAACUAUUUUGGUGGGGAGGGAAUUUUUCAAUUUAUAAAGAUGGACGAUUUUUGUGUUGUAUUUGAAGCUUUUGAAAGAAUUUUGUAAUAUUUUCCAAGUUUGGAUUUAUGUGCAUUGUUAACAAGAACUGAAAUUCUAACUUUUUUGGUAAGAUUAAAGUUUAGGUAGCAGGAUUGAAGGAAAUGAUUAAGAAGGAUAUAGCUGUAAAUGCGAAUGAACUGUCAUUACAAAUGAACCUUCUUGGUACCUGUUGGGAGAUUUUUGAAUUUUAGAGUUAGGCCAGUCACAUCUCCAGCUUCCUUUGCUGCAGAAAUAUGCAACUGAACCCCUCACAGAGGGCUCAUCACCACAUAGAUCACGGAAGGGGUCAUUAACUGUGCUCGCUGAUAUUUUAUUGCUGCCCAUUUAAAUGUUUGUACAGAAAUUUUUUCAUUCUGCUAAAAUUUAUUUGGAGUUGUAUAUGAAACUAGAACUCUGGAUACUUUUAUAUGCUCUCCUUCAAGUAAAAAUGAUAAAGUUUCUAACACUAGAGUGUUAAACUGGAAUGGUUGACAGAUACCAGGAUCUCAGUCUAUAUAAGGGGUCAGGGAAAAUGAAUAUUUUCCCAAGUUUAUUCUAUUUUCCUUGCUAGAGAAUAAAGAACAUCCCAUGAAAAAGAUACUCUUAUCAAACCUCUGCCAUUUCCCUCCGUCUGAGAGAGAGCAACUUGAUUGAUAAAACCACCCCAAAAACAGAUGUUCUGUAUUACCAAUAGAAUCAGAUAAAAAAAAGUUGUUUAGAUUUCAGAUCAUUCCAGCUCCACUUUGAACUGUCCUGGAUUUGUUAGAAACUUACUGAAAGAAAACUUAAUUUUCUUAAAAUUCCAUAUACACACACAUAUUGACUUAUCUUUAAUUGUAGGCAGAAUUUAUUUUAACAAUAACUGAUUUGGACCAUUUUAAACAUUCCCUAUUUUAAAAUUCAUAUGACUUCCUUUAAAAAAUAGGAUAAAAGAGUAAAUUGGUGAAAGGUUUGCUCUCUGCAUUUUUCUACCCUUCUACCGAGUUGUGACUGAAUGAGCGCUCUAGAAUUUACCAGUGAGGUUCAUAAACUAAACUCUCAGGAAUUCAUUGCAUCUGUUCUAGAAGUGCUUCUGGGUCUGAGCCUGGCCUCUUCAGAGUGGUAAUACUGCCCAUCUCCUCUGGAAAAUAGGCAGGGCUAAUGAGAAGUUAAAAUGAUUAACCUCUGCAGCCCUACAGCCUAUGGAAUGCUUUAAAAAAACGCUAAUGGAAAACCCCAGGAGACAUUUUAGGUAAGAUUUUUGUUUGACUUUUAAAUGCAUAGAACGUUAAAAACCAGCAAUUUAUUUUCUAAAAUAUUGCUCUACUUUUGGGAAUAAUAGCAUUGGUAAUACGCACAGGUUUACCUCAUUCUAUGCAAGAGGGGUUAAUAACGUAAGGUUUUGUAGUAGCUACUGGAAGUAAAAUGUGUUACUUUAUAGUGUAAAAAUGUAUGGAAUCGCAUGUCACCAUUUCUUAAUACUGACUCUGGGGGCUAAAUGCAGAUCACAUCAAUGCAAGUUGAAUCUCGUGUCAUUUAUAUGUGAAUUCAGCUGUAAAAUUACUGGAUAUUUAUCUUAAACAAGAUUGCUGAGGGGGACCUACUGUAAAUGUGACAUCCUCGCACUUCCCAAAUCUUUGAAGGAUCUUCCCAGGAACUUCAAACCUAGAAGAGGUCCAAAGCAAAUGUUAUAGUCUUUAUUCUCAGGCUCAGUGGAUUAAAUCCAGGACUGUGCUUCCAUGGUACCAGCACAAGAAGCCUGUUGUAUGGGGUGCACUCCUCAUAGCUUAGGUGUAGGAGUUCUCCAAGGAACGAACUGUAAGCCAGGAAAGAUGUGAUUUCAUGCCAGCCAGUCCUGGUAAUUAGUUCUGUGAAAUGCUUAUUUGUAGCCAGGUUCUACAAGCUUCCAAUUCUACACCAAAACCAGGCUUGGCGUGUUUAGAAUUCCCCACCUAUAUUCAUUAAAUGUUUAUGUUCACCAAGAGUGAGGGGUUGUUAGGACUUGUUAGAGUCUAAGCACAACCCAGAGCCCUCUUCUUUGUUAAGACCCUCACUCCUGCUGCUAACAAAGAAUGUUAACCAGAGGAGACUUCCAUUGUAGCCAUAAUUACUGUUUGUCAUACAGCUCAGUACCCCUGUUCUCUCUCAAAGUUUAAAAUGUACUGCUGACCUUGGGUUUUUGUUUUCCUGUUAGGAGCCUGGGAACUUUUAGUAGUUUAAACUUUUUAACCUUUUCCUUGCUGUGUAUGAGGAAAGCUAAAGCUGUUAUCAACUUUUUAUUCUGCGGAUACUAACACGGGUUUUCAGUGUUUGUUUGUUUUUAUUAUUAUUAAUUUUGUGUGAUGUGAAUACCCUCGCCCAUCAAUAUUUGUAUUAUGGUGCUAUAUAUUUGGUAAUGAUCCUUUAAUAUUGGGGAGGGAUUUUAAAAAUACUGUGAUUAAACUGGGUAUCUUCCUUUGAUUUUCAUAUUUUAAAUAAAGCCACAGUCAUUUAUACAAAAUAAAAUAAAAUAAAAUAAAAA